CAGUACAACCUCUCCUUCUACAACAUCCCCGAGCAAGUGAAGCUAAGGGACCUGCGCACCGACCGUAUCGGCUGCCUCUCCCGUAUCACCGGCACUGUCACGAGGACGUCGGAAGUGCGUCCGGAACUUAUGUCCGCCCACUUCCAGUGCCUCGAGUGCUACACUGAGCAGGACCCGACGGAGCAGCAGUUCAAGUACACGGAGCCGACGAUCUGCAAGAACCCGACCUGCGCCAACAGGAAGCGCUGGUACCUCAACAUUGACAAGUCAAAGUUCGCCGACUUCCAGAGGAUCAGGAUCCAGGAGAACAGCAACGAGAUUCCUGCUGGCUCGAUGCCGAGGAGCAUGGACGUCAUCGUGAGGAACGAGAUGGUGGAUCGAGCGAAGCCCGGCGACCGCUGCUCCUUCACCGGCUGCCUCAUCGUCGUCCCCGACGUGGCUCAGCUCAGGGCAGCAGGAGAGCGAGCGGAGGCUGUGAGGGAGACUGGGAACCGUUCCAACACGGCGUCGGAGGGCGUGACUGGCCUCAAGUCCCUGGGCGUGCGGGAGCUGACGUACAAGCUGUGCUUCCUGGCUUGCGCUGUGCACCUUGCGGAGAAGGACGGCUGGUCGCACUUCAGAGAGGAGGGGGAGGAAGCGGUGGAGGAGCUCGACGAGGAGACGCGAAAGAAGAUCGCCAUGAUGAACAAGUCACCCCAGCUGUACCAGAGGAUGGUCAGCAGCCUCUGCCCGACUGUCUUUGGGCACGACGAGGUGAAGAAGGGGAUCCUGCUGAUGCUGCUGGGGGGUGUCCACAAGACUACCAAGACGCAGACCAACCUCAGAGGUGACGUCAACGUCUGUAUCGUCGGCGACCCCUCGACCGCUAAGUCGCAGUUCCUCAAGUUCGUCGCCGACUUCAUGCCCCGCGCUGUCUACACGUCCGGCAAGGCUUCGUCUGCCGCCGGCCUCACCGCCUCCGUGGCCCGGGACUCGGAGACUGGGGAGUUCGGGAUCGAGGCCGGGGCCCUGAUGCUUGCGGACAACGGCAUCUGCUGCAUCGAUGAGUUUGACAAGAUGGACAUCAAGGACCAGGUGGCGAUCCACGAGGCGAUGGAGCAGCAGACGAUCUCGAUCGCCAAGGCCGGCAUCCAGGCCACCCUCAACGCCAGGACCUCAAUCCUCGCGGCUGCCAACCCGCGAGACGGGAGGUACGACAGGAGCAAGUCGCUCAAGGGCAACGUUGACAUCUCUCCGCCCAUCAUGUCGCGCUUUGAUCUCUUCUUCGUGAUCCUCGACGAGUGCGACGAGAUCGCCGACUACAACAUCGCCCGUCACAUCAUCCAAGUCCACCAGAAGGGCGCCAGGGAGGAGGAAGAGGGAGACAGCGGCGCUGAGUUCAGCAAGGAGGAGAUGCAGCGGUACAUCCGGUAUGCGCGGAACCUCAAGCCCAAGAUGACGGAGGAGGCGAAGAGGAAGCUGGUGGAGCACUACCGAGAGCUGCGAGAGAACGACUGCCAGGGAGCGCAGAGGGCAGCGUACAGGAUCACGGUAAGGCAGCUGGAGUCGAUGAUCCGACUUUCCGAGGCUCUGGCGAAGCUUCACUGUGACGAGGAGGUGAGCGGGAAGUACGUGGAUGAAGCGAAGCGACUGCUCAAGAUGUCAAUCAUCCACGUCGACAGCGGCGAUGUCAACCUGGUCGACUUCGAUGCCCCUCAGGAGGAGGAGACGGAGGAGACGGAGGACAGAGAGGAGGAUGGAGAUGAUGGAGAUGAUGGCGGCAAUGAUGAAGACGGCGACGAGCAGGGUGGGGCUGGCGGGAGAAUACGAUCAGAUCGCACUGCUCCUGGUACUGAGGAGGAAGGGGGAGGAGGGGGGGGGGGGGGGGGGGGAGGGGGAGGAGGGAGGAGGGAGGAGGGUAGGUUACGGUUCGGUACCACAGUUAGGGGGAGAGGAGAAGGAGGAGGAGGAGGAGGAGGAGGAGGAGGAGUUGUGUGUAAUAUUUUAUCUCGAGAUUACAAACUGAAGACAAAAGGAACAGUUGAGGAAUGA